AUGAAUCAAAUUUCAGCUUGAAUAUUUUAAUUCUCUUCCUUUCUAUUUCUCUUUAUUUUUUUUGUUUACUUUCUCAUCAUAUGUUCCUCUUGAACGCAGAGAAGUUUAAGAUGAAGUUCAUGAAGAUCGGUACAAAGCCUGACACUUUCUAUACUCAAGAGGCUUCAAGGAUUGUGAUAACUGACUCACCCAACGAUCUUUUUAUUAGAAUCAACAACACCAAUUACCAUCUCCACAGAUCUUCUCUUGUUCCAAAAUGUGGACUGUUGCGAAGGCUUUGUACUGAUUCAGAGGAAUCUGAUAGUGUUACCAUAGAGCUGAAUGACAUACCUGGAGGAGCCGAUGCGUUUGAGCUUUGUGCUAAGUUCUGCUACGGCAUCACCAUCAACCUCAGUGCUCAUAACCUUGUGGAUGCCCUCUGCGCCUCCAAGUUUCUUCGGAUGUCUGACUCUGUUGAAAAGGGAAACCUGUUACCGAAGCUUGAAUCCUUUUUCCACUCAUGCGUUCUUCAAGGCUGGAAAGACUCCAUCGUCACGUUGCAGUCCACUGCCAAAUUGCCUGAAUGGUGUGAGAAUCUUGGAAUCAUCAGAAAGUGUAUAGAUUCCAUUGUGGAGAAGAUCCUCACUCCCACUGCAGAGGUCUCUUGGUCUCACACAUACACCAGACCAGGCUACCAAAAGAGAAAACAUCACUCUGUGCCAAGAGACUGGUGGACGGAGGACAUAUCAGACCUGGACUUGGACUUAUUCCGCUGUAUUAUCACAGCAGCCAGGUCAAGCUUCACGUUGCCGCCUCAGCUCAUUGGUGAAGCUUUGCACGUAUACACCUGUCGAUGGUUACCAUACUUCAAAUCAAAAAGCCAUUCAGGUUUCUCAGUUAAAGAAAGCGAAGCAGCGCUGGAAAGGCACCGGCGUGUUGUUAACACAGUUGUGAACAUGAUUCCUGCAGACAAAGGGUCGGUUUCAGAGGGCUUCUUGCUAAGGCUUGUCAGCAUAGCGAGUUAUGUAGGAGCCUCUCUGACGACAAAGACUGAGUUGAUUAGAAAAGCUGGUCUGCAGCUCGAGGAGGCAACUCUUGCAGAUCUCUUGUUGCCGUCACAGUCAUCCUCUCAUCUUCAUCGUUAUGAUACUGACUUGGUUGCUGCAGUUCUUGAUAGUUUUCUAAUGCUCUGGAGAAGACAGUCUUCUGCGCAUGUUUCUAGUAACAGUCAGUUGCUACAUUCAAUCAGGAAGGUGGCAAAGCUUAUUGACUCUUAUCUUCAGGCAGUUGCACAAGAUGUUCAUAUGCCAGUUCCUAAUUUCGUGUCUCUUGCCGAGGCAGUGCCUGACAUCGCACGCGAGAGCCAUGACAGACUUUACAAAGCAAUCAACAUGUAUCUCAAGGUGCAUCCGGAGAUAAGCAAAGAUGAGAAAAAACGACUGUGCAGAAGUCUUGACUGCCAGAAAUUAUCUGCAGAGGUACGAGCCCACGCUGUGAAAAACGAGAGGAUGCCAUUGAGAACUGUUGUCCAAGCCCUCUUCUUCGACCAAGAGAGCAGUUCCAAAGGAGUAUUAAGUCAAGCAGCGAGCCAAGUUCUCGCCUCAAGAGGUAAAGAGAUGCCUGCGGAUGAAACCAGCAGCAUGAUGCACAAGCUUCACUUAGGUCCAGCUGAGACAGCUUCUAUAGGUAAAGCUAAGAGCAUGCGCGAGGGAGGAAGCCAAAGAGGAGAGGAGAGAAUCAGAUCCAGUACAGACCCCAAGAAGCUGGUGAGGCAAGGAACAGGAUCAGAGCGUAAGUAUCAAGUAAGUAGAGACAAGUAGUGGAGUUAAACAUGUAAGGGCCACAGAAACUCAAGUCUCUUGUCUGCAUUCACCAGAUAUCUGGUUUUUUUUUAUCUUUCUAUACUUUUAAAGAACUGAUGAUACUUGUAGAUGGUCAAGUGGCAUUAUCUUGUAUUAUUAAUACAGUGCAGAGCUCAAGCUCCUGCUCAACCAUUCUUCUUCAUCUUAUUGUUCAAGAAAGCGAUUCUGCAACUACCCUUAAGCCAUAGAAUUAAACAUAGUAAUGUACUUAUCAGGAUAAGAUCUCAUCUUUGUUUCAACU